UUUUUAAUCAGAAUUUCUUUGUCCUGUUCAGCGAGCCCACCCACCUCCUCCGCUGGGCAAGGCUGCUGAAUGCUCCUCACCUGCCAAGAUGAUUUUGUGGAGGAAGGUCUGUUGGCGCUAUCAUGUGUGGACCGUGGGCUGCUACAUGCUGCUGGCUGUCAUCGCCCUAAAACUGUCCCUCAGACUGAAGUGUGACUUCAGUGUCUUAGACCUGGACUCAAAUGAAUUUCAAAGCCAGCACUGCAGGGAUUUCCUGUACAAGAACCUGAAGCUGCCAGCAAAGAGGUCCAUCAACUGUUCUGGGGUCACUCGAGGGGAGCACAAAGCAGUGAUCCAGGCUCUGCUGAACAACCUGGAGAUUAAGAAGAAGCGGCAGCCCUUCACAGAGGCCGACUACCUUAGCAUGACAGCAGACUGUGAGCAAUUCAAGACCAAAAGGAAGUUCAUACAGUUCUCACUGAGCAAAGGAGAGGCCGACUUCCCCAUUGCAUAUUCCAUGGUGGUUCAUGAGAAGAUCGAGAACUUUGAAAGGCUGCUGCGAGCUGUGUAUGCCCCUCAGAACAUAUACUGUGUCCAUGUGGACCAGAAGUCCCCAGAAACCUUCAAGCAGGCAGUCAGGGCCAUUGUAUCAUGCUUCCCAAAUGUCUUCAUAGCUAGUAAGCUGGUGUCAGUGGUUUAUGCUUCCUGGUCCAGGGUGCAGGCUGACCUGAACUGUAUGGAAGACUUGCUCCAGAGCUCCGUGCCAUGGAAAUACCUACUGAACACCUGUGGGACAGACUUUCCCAUCAAGACCAAUGCUGAGAUGGUCCAGGCCCUCAAGCUAUUGAAUGGGCAGAACAGUAUGGAGUCAGAGGUACCACCGGCACAUAAAACGUUCCGUUGGAAAUAUCACUAUGAGGUGAAAGAUACAUUGCACAUAACCAGCAAGAGGAAGACUCCUCCACCUAAUAACAUAACCAUGUUCACUGGGAAUGCCUACAUGGUGGCUUCUCGAGACUUCAUUGAACAUGUGUUAAACAACUCCAAAGCCCAACAACUAAUUGAAUGGGUAAAAGACACCUAUAGUCCUGAUGAGCACCUUUGGGCCACCCUCCAGCGUGCCUCAUGGAUGCCUGGAUCAGCUCCCUUGCACCCCAAAUUUGACCUCUCAGACAUGAGAUCUAUUGCAAGGCUAACUAAGUGGCAGAGCCACGAGGGAGACAUCGAGAAUGGGGCUCCUUACACACCUUGCUCAGGCACCCACCAGCGGGCUGUCUGUAUUUAUGGGUCUGGGGAUCUGCACUGGAUACUUCAGAACCAUCAUCUCUUGGCCAACAAAUUUGACCCAAAGGUGGAUGAUAACGUUCUUCAGUGUUUAGAAGAGUAUUUACGUCACAAAGCCAUCUACGGGACAGAACUGUGACAUACUGCAAGACGAUUUGCUACCUGAUGGCAGGACAAUGCCAGGCCUUACUGGGGCAAU